GGUGCCGUCUUGCGGCGUCAGCGUCUGCUCGUUCUAUUCGGCGGCUGAGGGAGCGGACGGAGGGCACGUGGCAGGGCCUGUGGUGUGGAGGAAAACUCCUCUUGCUUUCGGAGCAUUUUGGUAUUACUCUCAAACUUGCGGGGAGACUGGUGAUUGACACAACAGGACAUCUGGAAGAGAAAUUGUUGGGGGACCAGAGGCUCUUCUGAGUUGGGUCAGCCUGCACAGAAGACGUCAUCAGGAUUCCUUCUGGAAAAUAUUCAUCAGGAUGACUAUGGUGGCCCCACCAAGACUCCUGGACCUGGCUGUGCAGAGCCUGCUGAGGGAUGAGGCCUUGGCAAUUGCUGCCCUGGAGGAGCUGCCCAUAGAGCUCUUCCCGCCUCUGUUCAUAGCGGCCUAUACUCGGAGAUGCAGCAAGACACUCAAAGCAAUGGUGCAGGCCUGGCCCUUUGCUUGCCUCCCUUUGGGAGGCCUGAUGACAGAACAGCAGCCUCAGCAGGAGGUCCUUGAAGCAGCACUCAGUGGGCUGGAUGUGCUGCUUUCUGAAGAGGUUCGCCCCAGGCGGUGGAAAAUGCAAGUAUUGGAUUUACGCAAGAAUGCACAUCAGGACUUCUGGACUAUAUGGUCUGGAACCAGGAUAGGUGUGUGGUCCUUGACUGAAUUAGAGGCCGCACAGCCCAUGAAGAAGAAACAAAAAAUGGGUGGUUUUGAGAGAGGAGCAAAUCAGCCCUUUGCUCCUAUGAAGGUGCUGUUAGACUUAUGUCUCAAGCAAGGCAGGAAUGAUGACUUGCUCAGCUCCCUCAUGAAGAAAGUCAGGCAAAAAAAAGAUUCACUACACCUGUGCUGUAAGAAGCUGAAGAUUUUUGCGAUGCCCAUCCAGAAUAUUAAGAUGAUCUUGAAAAUGGUACAGCUGGACUCUGUCCAGGACUUGGAAGUGAAUUGUACUUGGAAGCUGUCUACUUUCGGGAAUUUUGCUCCCUACCUGGGCCAGAUGGGUAAUCUGCGCAGACUCCUCCUCUCCCACAUCCUCACAAGUUCCUGUACUUACCUGGGGAAAGAAGAGCAGUAUGUCAACCAGUUUACCUCUCAGUUCCUCAGUUUCCAUCACCUUCAGGAGCUAUAUUUGGAUUCCGUCUCCUUCCUCAAAGGCCGCCUGGACAAGGUACUCAGGUGCCUGAAGAGUUCCCUGGAGACACUCUCAAUUACUAACUGCCUGCUUUCAGAGUCAGACUUGAUGCAUCUAUCCCAGUGCCCCAACAUGAGUCAGCUAAAGGACCUGAGCCUGAGUGGGGUCAGUCUGACCACUGUGAGUCCUGAGCCUCUCCGAGUUCUGCUAGAGAGAGCCUCCUCCACUCUUGAAGACCUGGACUUAGAUGAGUGUGGGAUCAUGGACACCCACUUCAUUGCUCUCCUGCCUGCCCUGAGCCAAUGUUCCCAACUCACAACCUUCACCUUUUGUGGGAACUCCAUUUCCAUGGCUGUGCUACAGGAGCUUCUGCUGCACACCAUCGGGCUGAGCAAGCUAAGCCACGUGCUGUAUCCUGCUCCUUUGGAGAGUUAUGCAGGCACCCAAGGCAUCCUCCACCUGGGAAGACUUGCCGAACUGCAUGGCAAGCUAAAGCAGAUGCUGCAUGAUGCAGGGAGGCAAGCUGUGGUCUGGUUCAGUGCCAAUCCCUGUCCUCACUGUGGUGACAAGACUUUGUAUGACCCAGAACCCAUCCUUUGCCCCUGUUACCUGCCUUUUUAGCUGAGUGCACAUAUUCAUACCUUUAUUCUGGGAAAAUGGACACUAAAGCUCAGAAUGUAAGUGCAUCUAAGAACAGAGAAGCCUUAGUUUCAGAUGACUUCUGAGGAUAAGUGGGAAAAGGAAAGUUGUUAUGGUUGGGGGUCAGAUGCUGAUUUGGGAAGAUACGUCCUGUAGAGUUAGAAAUACAAAUUUGAAUUUCUGGAGAGGGGUUUGGGGCUUGGGAGGUACGUGUGGAAGUUAUCUUUGUGUGGAUAGUUGUAAAGACAUAACCAGAAAUAAA